AUGAAGUACAGCCUGUUUUUCGUCGCGGCUCUAAGCCUUUUCCAACUCGGCUCUGCUGUUGAUCAAAAGAAGUCAGCCAUCAUUUGGUUUGAUGACGCCUCCACACCAGAUUCGGUCGUCAACCAAGUCAAGGACAACAUCCUCAAAGCCGGUGGCAAGAUCACACAUGUCUACACGAUCAUCAGGGGCUUUGCUGUAAUCGCGCCGGAGAAGGCACUCACCACUGUACAAGCAAUGGGCUCGGAGCACUCGAUUCGCGUGGAGGAGGACGAGAUCGUAUCAUCCCUAUAA